UUAGUCCUAAAUCUAAAUUUAUUUUUCUAACAAAAUGUCGUUCGAUCAGAAAGAGAUUUUUAGUUUGAUGUACAAGCUGGCGCGACUUAUAGUUCCAGACACUCGUCUUGAACAUGAUUCAAUGGGGUCCAUGCACGUGCCCCUCGAUCGUCUGUAUGGUCCGCAAACAAUGCGUUCUCUGCUCAAGUUUCCAAUUGGUGGAGUGACUGAACGCAUGCCUAGCGAGCUCAUUAUAGCAUUGGCUAUUGUCAAAAAAGCCGUGGCAGAGACCAAUAAAAUGUUCGGUCUGGAGGAGCGUUUGAGCGUGGCUAUCUCCCAGGCUUGUGAUGAUAUCAUUUCUGGCAAGCUUUGUGAUGAGGAGCAUUUUCCGUUGGUUAUCUGGCAAUCUGGCUCUGGCUCGCACACAAUUAUGAAUGUAAAUGAGGUGAUUUGCAAUCGUGCCAUCGCGAUACUCGGUGGUCAGCUGGGUACAAGAAAUCCUGUAGAUCCCGAUGAGCAUGUGAACCGCUCACAAAGUUCCAAUGAUAGUUUCUCCACGGCUAUUAACAUCGCAGUCGCCAUGCAGUUACGCGAUAAACUGUAUCCGGCAUUGAUGCUGAUGAUUGAGUUGUUAGAUAAGAAGUCAAAUGAGUUUAAGGACAUAAUCAAAAUUGGACGAACCCACUUGAUGGACGCUGUGCCACUGACGCUUGGCCAAGAAUUUAGCGGCUAUAAGCAGCAACUUGUCAACUGUCGGGAGAGAUUGGACACAGGCUUAAGCCGACUCUAUCAACUGCCACUGGGCGGCACCACAGUCGGCACUGGACUCAACACUAAAAAGGGUUUUGCAGCUGAAUGUGUGAAAGGAGUGGCCAAGAUCACAAAUCUUCCUUUUGUUAAUGCGCCCAAUUUGUUCGAAUCCAUUUCAUCGUGUGAUGCCAUCGUUGAGGUGCAUGGAGAGCUCAACAGUCUAGCAGCAAGUACAAUGAAGAUAGCAAAUGACAUUCGAUUCUUAGGAUCGGGUCCACGUUGCGGUUUCUCCGAGUUAAAACUGCCUGAAAAUGAACCCGGCAGCUCGAUUAUGCCAGGUAAAAUCAAUCCAACGCAGUGCGAAGCUCUCACCAUGAUUUGUGCUCAGGUCAUGGGCAAUCAAGUGGCAGUUACAAUUGGUGGCUGCAAUGGCAACUUUCAACUGAAUGCCUACAUGCCGAUGAUCGCAUCCAAUGUGCUGCGCUCGAUAAUGCUUCUGGGAGAUGGAAUUAAAAGUUUCAGCAACAACUGCCUCAGCAGCAUCGAACCAAAUGUAGUUAGAAUAAAUACCAUUAUGAGUGAAUCUCUGAUGCUGGUCACUGCUUUAAGUCCUCAUGUGGGAUAUGAGCGAUCAGCAGCAAUAGCUAAAGCAGCACACAAAAAUGGAACCACUCUAAGGGAGGAGGCUUUAAAUGCAGGAAUCUCCACAGAUGACUUCGAUAAGUGGGUGCGACCUGAAAAGAUGUUGGGUCCCAAUUAGCUAUUAGCUUAUAAAUUUAAAA